GGCAUUUUGUUGCAAAAGCUUUGGGUGGAUUACGCCGUAAAUGGAGAUUCGGUCCAGAAAGGAUAUAGAAUUUUAAGAAUUUUAAAUGGUGCAAGCCAUUGACUCGAUAAAAUCUGCAGAGUUUUCUUGGAAACUACUUAAACAACUUUGAAUAAUUGUGAUUGGAGUUAUCGAAGUUAUUAUUUCUACGUAAAAUGCCUCAAUGCGACAUCUGUGGUGAAUUUGCACUAUAUAAAUUAACUGAAUUGAGUUAAAUUGAACUAGGGAGCUCCCGAAGGAACACAGAGGAUUUUCCCCUGGCAGUACGUUUGCAUUCCCUCGUACACUGUGGUAAUGUUAUUUUAAAACAGGAAAAGGAAAUGCACAUAAAAACUAUUCCAGUCUAACUACCAACGCGAAAAAGCUAGCGUUGGUUUCCAAGGAGAACCCGAGAACCUGCCACACACAAUAUGGCAGACGGUGCUCCAUAGUGUAUAACCGCGCGAGGAAGCUAUAAAAUUUUAGAUCCGUGUAUGUUUCACAUCGGAUCUUUCAAGUGACGGGCUGCCUUGUGUAUCUAUCCGAGAGGUUGUCCUCUACGAGUUUAGGAAUCGCAGUUUUAUAAAUUACUACAUGUUAGAGUUGGUUUGUCUUUACUGAGUUGAAGAUAAAGUUGAAGGUCAAAGGAUGACAUCUAGAGGGACGCCCAGCCGCUUCCUGAAGAGCGUUCUUCAGAACGGUGUGGGCCGAUACGUGUGUCAACUGAAACGGCUCUCCAUCAUCUUCUCCAAGAAGUCUCCGAGCGCAUUGGGAGUCAGGGAUUUCAUUGAGGAGGGAGUGGUGGAUUAUGCCAAGAAGAACCCUGGGACUGUUGUUUAUAUUUCUCCUCAGUCCUGUAGUAUCCCUAAAGUAGUUGCAGAGUACUUAAAUGGUAACACAAAGGAGGAGCUGCUCACCAACAAAACGUCGCAGCAGGUCUUAGAGGUCCUCACCAAGCUGACCGACCAAUCUGGCCUGGACAUCAUCCGCAUCCGCAAGCCGUUUCACACCGACAGUCCCAGCAUCCAGGGCCAGUGGCACCCGUUCACUCACCGCCCCCCAUCUGUCGGCCUCAUCAGACCACAGAACCAACAUGUAGAAUAAAGACUUCCUAAUGUUAUUGUUGGGACAGUUUCCAGAAACUAAUGAGGCUUGUCUUCAGGUUAUAUCCUGAGGGUCCUGCAGAGAAAACCCAGUUCUGACAUGUGCUGUUAUUAUGUCCGCCAUCCUCUCAGCUGGAAGCAAAUGCAGUCUUCAGAUAUAUUUGAAGCUAGCAUGUUUAAUGUUAAUGGUUUUUUUUUUUUUUAAAAACCAAAAUGUCUAUAUAAUGCAUUGUAUUGAAAUAAAACCGAUUAAAAUUAAUUAUAUAGAGGUA